AUGACUAAUGCAGUAUCAGAUACAGUAACAGAAAAUACAGCAGAAGUACAUAAAGCAGCAAAACUAACAGCAGUAGAAUCAACAUCAGUGUCAGAAGAACCACUAUCAGUAACAGCAGAAGUAACUCCUCCAGCAUUAGAACCAGCUCCUACAUCAGCAACACCAUCUCCUUCACCAGCAGUAGCAAAGGAAACACCACCAGCAACAGCAGAAGCAGCUCCUCCAGCAGAAGAACCAGUUUCUACAGCAGCAGCGCCAUCUCCUACACCAGCAGUAGCAGAACCAACUCCUUUACCAGUAAUAUCAGAAACAACUACUUCACCAGCAGCAACUAAACCAACUUCUCCACCAGCAGAAACAGAACCAGCUCCUCCUUCAUCAUCUUCAGGGGUAGGAGAAAAGAAUAGAUCAGUCACAGUAAGUAAAGUAUCUUCUUUGACUCAUGAUGAAGUGGCACCAAAUGAUUUGGGAAAACAUGUUCUUAUAAAACUUGUUGACAGUGAAGUGAAACAAACUUCCAACUGUGUUUCAAGCAGACCCAAAAAAUUACCCAAGAGAAAUGAAAAAAUUUUAUGGGUUAUUCCAAGUAAGUCCAACUAUGACCUAACAUAG